AUGGAAGUCAACAACAGAGUGGUCGCCGAGCUAUUCUGUAGCCACAGUCGUGUCCGCAGUGGUCGAGUUAGUGUGAGCACCACCAACGAUAUUGUCAUUGGAUGCACUAUGCGAAAGGUCGCACCAUGGCCCCCACAUAUGAGGCGCAAACGCACAGUACUAGUAGCAGCUUUUCCAAGUCCGUCGUCGGCAGCUGCGGGUUCGAAUGGCCUACCGUUGACAACAGCUCCUUCUUCUGGCUUGAAAUGGGCCGACGCAAAGGUGGGAAGCGGACAGCCUUUGUCGGCUGGUGCUCCUGCCUCCAUUGAUUAUUCCAUGGCGAGCACAGGUGGCCGGUUCCCUCAGAUCUACACAACGAAAGACAAAGGAGCUCCAUACCGUUGGAAACUAGGAGACGGUUCGACGAUUUCUGGGGUUGAACUAGCAAUUCUUGGAGACGAAAAGGAUGGUAUUCCCCCGAUGCUUCCAGGUGGAAUUCGUCGUGUCAUCAUACCAUCAACUCUUGGAUAUGAAUCUUUGGCUGCUCCCAACUCCAAAUGUGAAGCGGGUAAAGAGGGUUCCAUAGGCCCGAUUCCUCCCAAAGACGAAAUGGGAUUCUACAACCGUUGGCUACAGUUGUACUGCAACCCGCGCAUCCCAUACCAACCUGACCUCGUUUUUGAUAUUAAGCUGUAUGGCAGGAGGUAG